AUGAUCAAUGGGGGAGCAUCUAACUCCCACCUGAAGAUUGAGCAGAAGCUCAAGAUCUCAGCGCUCAAGUGUCUCCAGGAGAAAGUAAGAGACAGCGUGUCUCAUUUCCUCCUCCUGGGGCUCCCCAUCCCACCAGAGCAACAGGACGUGUUCUUCGCCCUGUUCCUGGGCAUGUACCUGACCACGGUGCUGGGCAACCUGCUCAUCCUCCUGCUCAUCAGGCUGGACUCUCGCCUCCACACUCCCAUGUACUUCUACCUCAGACACUUGGCCCUCACAGACCUCUCCUUCUCAUCUGUCACCGUCCCAAAGAUGCUGAUGAACAUGCACACUCAGGACCAAUACAUUCCCUAUGCAGGGUGUGUGACACAGAUGUAUUUUUUCAUAUAUUUUGCUUGCAUUUAUAACCUUCUUCUCACAGUGAUGGCCUAUGACAGGUAUGUGGCCAUCUGUCACCCUCUCCACUACACCACCAUCAUGAGGGAGGAGCUGUGUGUAUCUCUGGUGGCUGGAGCCUGCCUCCUGUCUUGUGCUAGUGCCCUGUCCCACACCCUCCUGCUGGCUCGACUUAUGAGGAGGGAGAACCACAGCAGCAUGUCCCACUUCCUCCUCCUGGGGCUCCCCAUCCUGCCAGAGCAGCAGGGCAUGUUCUUCGCCCUGUUCCUGGGCAUGUACCUGACCACAGUGCUGGGCAACCUGCUCAUCCUCCUGCUCAUCAGGCUGGACUCUCGCCUCCACACUCCCAUGUACCUCUUCCUCAGCCACAUGGCCCUCGCUAACAUCUCUUUCUCAUCUGUCACCGUCCCUAAGAUGCUGAUGAACAUGCACACUCAGGAUCCAUCCAUCCUCUAUGCAGAGUGUGUGACACAGAUGUAUUUUUUCAUAUAUUUUGGUUGCGUUGAUAACCUUCUUCUCACAGUGAUGGCCUGUGACAGGUAUGUGGCCAUCUGUCACCCUCUCCACUACACCACCAUCAUGAGGGAGGAGCUGUGUGUAUCUCUGGUGGCUGGAGCCUGCCUCCUGUCUUGUGCCAGUGCCCUGUCCAACACCCUCCUGCUGGCUCGACUGUCCUUCUGUGCUGACAACAUCAUCCCCCACUUCUUCUGUGACCUUGCUGCCUUGCUGAAGCUCUCCUGCUCAGACACCUCUAUCAAUGAGCUGGGCAUACUCACUGAAGGGGCUGCCAUUGUCUUUCUUCCACUGAGUGGCAUCCUGGUCUCUUAUGGCCGCAUUGGGCUCUCCAUCCUGAGGGUCCCUUCUACCAAAGGGAUCUGCAAAGCCCUGUUUACCUGUGGUUCCCACCUCUCUGUGGUGUCUCUUUUCUAUGGAACGAUUGUAGCACUGUACCUUUCCCCCUCAUCGGGCAAGUCCAAUGUCAAAGACAUGAUUGCCUCACUGAUGUACACCGUGGUGACCCCCAUGCUAAACCCCUUCAUCUACAGCCUAAGGAACAGAGACAUGAAGUUGGCUUUGGGGAUUCUCUUCAGAAACAAUAACUUUUUCGCCAAGUGA